CGCUCGCGCAUCUGAUAUUCCAGCGUGUUUUGUACGCGACGGCCAUCAUUCCGCCUGCCUCCCGCAGUUCCUUCUGUCUUCUGCGUGAACAUCAACAGAAAGACGACAGAGGGCAGAAGAGGAACAGCGCAUCGUUUCUGCAUCGGCAGCAAAAGCAGCCCAGGCACUUCAGAAAGCACUUCAACUGCAACACACUGUAAAUCCCGACCCCACAUCCAGACUAGUUUUUAGUAGCACUUUGCAACUGCACCAAACUGCACCAUUCAUCCCUGCACAUCGUAGCACUCAAUUGUUCGAGACAGCGCCUUUCCGUCUUGGACAUUCACUCCACCUAAUUUUUCUUCCAUCACCACCUUAAUUCUUUUCCCUUUCUUUACAGUCCAGAUAAGCCACCCCCCAUGGCUGGUCCUCGCGCACCCAUCGGAACCCUUUCCCAGCACGCCGCCAACGCCGCUGCCCUUGCCCGCAACACCUCCACCAACGUCUUCUCCCAGCAAAAAUCACAACUCAAGUCCAAAAAGGGCAAGCAAGAAGAGAGCGACAGCGAUUCAGACAGCAGCUCCUCCAGUGACGACAGCGGUAGCGACAGCGACUCCGAAACAAAGCUCGAACCUACCGCCGACUGGGCCAGCAAUCUGAAGAAGACGAACAUGGCGCAAACAAAAGCCACCAAGGCCGCCGCCUCGCCUGCCCCCAAAAAGGCCAAGGCAGAACCCGUCAAGGCCAAGCCAGUAGCCACCAAGAAGGAGGAGUCCGAGUCCUCGUCCGACUCCGAGUCCGCAUCCGAGUCCGAGUCCGAGUCCGAGUCUGAAUCGGAGGUCGAGGACAAGAAGAAGCCUGUCAAGAAGGCGGAAGAGAAGAAGCCAGCGGCGCCAGCGGUGAAGAAGGCGGCCAAGAAGGACGAGAGCAGCAGCGAGUCGAGCAGUGAAGAAGAGAGUGGAAGUGGGUCGGACGAAAGCAGCAGCGACGACGAGGAAGAGACCAAGCCUGCGCCCAAGGCUACUACACCAAAGACUGCGCCCGCGAAGACCAAGCAGCAGACUGCCAAGCAACCCACACCCUCAUCAUCAGAGGAAGAAUCAAGCUCAGAGAGCGAGAGCGAUGAGGAGCCGGCACCAAAAGCCAACACUAGCGCCAAACUUGCAAAGCCCGCCAGCAAGACCCCCGAGGCCAAGCCAGUGGUCAAUGGUACCUCAAAGUCCAACGAGACUGUGAGCAAGUCCGACGAUGAGUCGUCGUCUGAGGAGGACGAGGAGUCAGGUUCCGAGGAAGAGUCGUCUUCCGACGAGGAGAUGGCCGAUGCUCCCCAGCCCAAGACGGCCCCCAAGAAGACUUCGGGUCCUCAACUGCCUCAGGUAAUCGCACCAAACUUCCACAUGCGCAAGGCCGAUGCCAACGCCGACGCCAAGGACGUCGCACGAACAUUCCAAAAGGCCCAAAGCGAGGGCAAGCAGAUCUGGUACUUCACCGCCCCGGCCUCGAUUCCCAUCGAAGUGAUCCAGGAGCACGCGCUCCCUCUCAGCAAGAUCCAGUCUGGCGAGCCCAUCAUUACCCACAACGGCGCCGAGUAUAAUGCCACCCUGGAAGAGGGCACCACCCUCCACUCCAUCCAGGUCCUCCUCCCCACCGAGUCCGGCGACAAGUACGAGCUCAUGAAGCAGCCCAUCGCCCAAGCGCUGCACAUCAAGCGCGUUACCCGCCUCAACCCCGCGGCCGCCGCCACCGCCGCCGUCUCCGCUCCCGCCACCGGCAAUGCGCCUCGCCCUCAGCCCGCCGGUCUCAAGGCGCGAUUCCACCCCAUCGGCGCCUCCCCGGCUGUUCCCAUGGGCAAGAUCGGCGCCGAUGCCGUCGGUGAAGCUGCUGAUUCCGACGUCGACAUGGCUGAGGCUGCCCCUGCCAAAUCGUCCAAGAAGCGCAAGAACGAGACUGCUUCCGAGGACGCUCCCAGCAAGAAGACGAAGAAGACCAAGGAACCCAAGGAGCCCAAGGAGACCAAGACCUCCAAGAAGGCCAAGUCCGAGACGCCUAUUGCUCCCCCCGCUGUCCCCGCUGCGGCCAAGAAGACGUCUGUCACUCCCAAGAAGAUCACGCCCAUCCUGCCUCCUUCUAUUCCCCAGUCGAAGAGCUCUUAGAGAGGUGCUUCUUCGAAUCGAGUCUAGUCUAGUCUAGUCCGUCCGUCGAUGACGACGAAAACUGCACAGUAAGCGAGAGGGUAUGUGGCUGCAGCCGGCCCGGUAUCCAUCUCCCCUAGUUUUCCCCAUUCGCUAUACGUGGUAGUGCUGCGAGUCUGUCUUCUCCUCUCACCGCGCCCGCUAUUAUUUGAGCGCUUCAAGGUGGAAAGAAGGGACGGUGAUAGCGCGGGGAUGCAAAAAAAUGCCCGGUGUCCUAGAGCGUAGCAGCAGCAGCAGCACUACCACCCAGGCAGGAAUGUGUAUCGACCGAGCGAUAAGGUCAGGCAGGGGGUGGAUGAAGGAAUGGUAGUGUAGUGUAGAUCUGAUGGACGCCAUGCCAUGCUGUUCGAGUCAUGUGUAUGUACAUACCAGCAUUAACCAUCCGGGAAAGUUGUUGUUGUUGUUGUUUGUUGUAUGUUUGCGAUUUGUCAAGCCAUGUUUGAAGAAGAAGAAGAAGAAGAGUCGGUAGGCUAGUCGGUCGAUGGGCGGCGUUCAAAAUUAUUCAUCUGUACAAGUUCACACAAAGGUCAUACAUAUAGAGAGGUUACUCAUGUCAUGUCAUGGAUCGAUGUCAAUAUCAACUUUGUGUUAUGCUGUAUGGUACCUGUUUAAACCUGAC